CAUUGCAUUGUAUUCUCAUCAGGAUGCGUUUGUCGAUAAUACUCGAAUUACUUUUAAUUUUUUUACUCAUAGCAUUCGCUGCCUACGCUCGAGUCAUUGAUUCAAGCAGUCAAGUUGCUUUGAGAAAAUUGAGCACAAGCCAUGUCUCGACGCCUAUUUCUUUGAAACAAGCAGCUGAAAAUGUCAAUAAAUACUGCGUUUGCAACGAAAAUAUUUGCAACUGCUGCCGAGAUUUUCAUAUUCCCCUUGUACAAUUAUCAGGACCAGGUUGUGCAUCGCUUCAGUACCUCCAAGACAAUAAAUUAGCAAUGCAGUUAAGCAUCGGAGAUAAUAUUCUAUCGAGUAACGUUAUCAAUGGUAACAAUCCUAAGCCGGUGUGCGUCAAUCUACCAGGCGGAUUUUCGAAAUUUUGCGGUAAAAUUUACUCGAUUAAGAAAGAAGCUGACAAACAUUUCAAAGCUUGCCUUGGUCUCGAAUUGAGAUCUGCAUCUGAAUUGGAAGCUAGUUUGAGAGUCAGCUGUUUUCGUUUCGGUCCAGAUGGGCUGAAACUUCGACCAGCUGAACCACUUCCGCCAACGUUUUCUAUACCGUCUAGCAAUACCGAUGAUGAUUACGACGAUAUUUUUAGCUUAGAUGAUGACGACGAAGACGAUGAUGAUGAUGACGAAGAAGCUGAAAAUAACGAUCCUGAAAAAGUAUCUCAAACUUCCAGUAGCUCUUCGACUGCUGAACAGCAGAAUCAGGAUCAAGGAGUAGACGAAGAAGAUGAUGAUGACGAUCUUCUUGGAUUAAGUGCUCUUCUUGACAUUUUCGCCGGUGACGACGAUGCUACUACCAAUAAAAAACCAAAACCAACAUCGUCAACUUCUUUACCAGCAUCUUUUACCAUUCCCAUUCUGGCAUUUACAACUACUUCGAGUGCACCUCUUGUAACGACUACUCCUUCUAUUUUAAAUAAAGGAACACCUGCGGAUGUAUUAGCUUCGCGCCCGCAUUCGACGACUUCGUCAAUUUUAGAAUACAAUAGUCAAAAAAUAUCUACUGAAAAGACCGUUGAAAUGACCACCGAUGCAACUGUUUUGAAUGAUGAAAGUAUCAAUGCAGAUGCCAUGAAAAUUUCGCAGGAAGAUGAAAGUCAAAGUACUGGUAUGGGAACCACUGAAAAAAAUGACGUAUCUUUAGACAGAAAAAAAGUAAUAAAUGGUCCACAUGACAAGAAGUCCAAACUAAACUCUACGGAAAUAAAACAGACAGAUAAAAAAAACGUUGGUACGAAACUUCAUAGUAUUACUAAAGUUAACAAGCUUGGAACUACGCAGCAAGUAAUUGCUGCUGAUAGCACUGAGAUAGAUAAUAGUUCUGAAUCUAUAUAUGACGAUGAAAACGAUGACGAUGAUAAUCAUGAUCAAGCUAGCGAUGAAAAUAACAGUGAUAUAAAACAAACUGAAGCGACAAAUGAAAAUGAUAAAACUGUUAAUACAGAAAAUACAGGUGCAUCAGAUAUCGAUUAUGAUCAGAGCUAUGAAGAAAGUGAUGAAGAUGAAGAUGCAGAUGUUGAAGUUAUGAGCACGCUAUUAGAGGACGAAAUAAGUACGGAAAAAAACGAUUACCAUAAAGAUAAAGUAAAAACUAAUAAAAUCAAAUUGAAGAAAGAACAAGCUGCACCUACAAGAAAUUCGUGA